AUGCCUUUCAUCAAUGGGACAGCGUCUCCAAGCCCCAAAAUCCGCAUCGCGAUUGACAGAGGCGGCACCUUCACAGACUGUCUGGGUAUUGUGCCAGGGAAGCCAGACAUCCUUGUCAAGUUAUUGAGCAAUGACCCAACCAAUUACCCAGAUGCGCCUACAGAAGGCAUUCGCAGAAUCCUGGAGGCCGCCACGGGGAAGAGCAUUCCUCGAGGCCAACAAAUUGACACGAAUGAUAUCGAAUCUAUUAAGAUGGGCACGACAGUUGCUACAAACGCCCUGCUAGAGCGAUCCUCAACACCAUGCGCUCUCGUGGUAACGCGAGGUUUCAAGGAUCUCCUAAAUAUUGGAGACCAGACCCGUCCCAAACUAUUCGAUCUCAACAUUCGCCGCCCUGAGACCUUAUUCAAGGACGUUCUUGAAAUAGACGAGCGUGUAACUUUACAUGAUUCAACCGAGGAUGCAACAAGCCUGAGUGACCCAGAACGCCGUUCCUUUGACCUGAGAAAAGGAGUCGGCGGCGAAGCAAUUCGUAUUUUACAACCACUAGAUUCUGAUGGCGCCAGAAAGGGAUUACAGGAGCUAUAUGACAAGGGUGUCAGAGCUCUUGCCGUAACUCUCCUCCAUUCAUACACUUUCCCAGACCAUGAGCUCCAGCUCUCAGAGAUCGCUUCCGAGAUUGGCUUCACGCAAAUAUCUUUGUCAUCACAGAUCUUCCCCAUGAUCAAGGCUAUCUCAAGGGGCUACUCCGCCACCGCCGAUGCCUACUUGACCCCUCUAACAAAAGCCUACAUUGACGGCUUCCGAAGAGGAUUCGUGGGCAACCUUGAGGAUUCCAACGGCGCACGCUGCGAGUUCAUGCAGAGCGACGGUGGGCUAGUCGGAUGGCAAAGCUUCAGCGGCUUAAAGGCCAUCCUGUCUGGCCCAGCUGGAGGCGUUGUGGGCUUCAGCCGCACCUGCUACGACACGGAGCGCAAGAAGCCAGUGAUUGGCUUUGACAUGGGCGGUACCAGUACCGAUGUCUCCCGUUUCGCGGGCACAUUAGAGCAUACGUUUGAGUCCAUUACCGCCGGUGUUACAAUCCAGUCUCCCCAAUUAGAAGUCGAUACCGUUGCAGCUGGCGGUGGCAGCAUUCUUUCAUACAAGAACGGUCUGCUUCUCGCAGGCCCCGAGUCUGCGAGUGCGCAUCCUGGUCCAGUUGCGUACCGCAAGGGAGGUCCUCUCACAGUUACAGACGCCAAUCUUGUCCUUGGACGUCUCCAGGCAGCCUAUUUCCCAAAGAUCUUUGGCCCAGAGGAGAACGAGGCCCUGGACUACGACGGUGCAAGAGCUGCGUUUGAGAAGUUGCUCGUUCAGGUGAAUGCAGAUCUGGCAGCCACUGGCGCCAAGACAAAGACGGUGGAGGAGCUUGCGCUGGGAUUCCUCCAAGUUGCCAACGAGACCAUGUGUAGACCUAUUAGGUCUCUGACAGAGGCGAAAGGGUAUCGUACGUCAGAUCACGAGCUUGCCGUGUUCGGAGGCGCUGGUGGACAGCACGCAUGUGCCAUCGCCAGCAACUUGGGGAUUGAUCGCAUUUUGAUCCACAAAUACUCUUCAAUUCUGUCUGCCUAUGGAAUGGCACUUGCUGACCUUGUUCAUGAUAUUCAGCAGCCUUGCUCAGUUGAGCUUGAUGGCUCUCUUGAAGAGCUAGAUUUUCGACUCAGAGAGUUAGAGUCAACAGCGGCGGAGAAGCUUGUAUCAGAUGGGGCGACCAGAGACUCUCUGGUCUUUGAGCAUUUCCUCAAUCUGCGCUAUGUGGGCUCUGAUACCACUUUCAUGAUCCCGCGACCAGAGAAUGGGGCAUGGGCUGAAGCCUUCACGGCCGAACACAAGAGGCAAUUUUCAUUCAUCAUGGCUGGCCGUGGUAUUAUCGUUGAAAAUGUUCGAGUUCGAGCCACCGCUCAGAGCCCCUCCGUGGAGCCAUCCUUCAACCUAGAGAAGCAGCUCUCGAGCUCGUCUCCCACUCCCGUCAAGGCUGACAAGGUCUCAGAUACGGUCAAGAUGUUCUUCGAGGGAGGCUGGACCGAAGCGCCUCUCUAUUUCUUGACCUCGUUAGCAAAGGGAGAUAUGAUCCAGGGACCAGCCAUUAUCCUAGACAACACACAAACCAUCGUGGUGAAUCCAACAACCAAGGCCAUCAUCUUGGAACGUCAUGUCGUCCUCGAGCUGGAUCUCAAGGCAUCUUCGAAGCCCCAGGAAGAAGUCGCCUUGGACAAGAAGAAGGUAGACCCAGUUCAGCUCACGGUGAUGGCACACCGUUUCAUGAGCAUUGCUGAGCAAAUGGGACACGCAUUACUCUGUUUAAUUCCGAUAUUAUAUUCAGGUUCUUAG